CAUAUUUUAGAAAGAGUCCAAUCAAAUGUCUCGAUUCAUCCUAAAUUCGGACCACUUAUUGUAAACAAAUGGAAACAUUUUUGAAUACCAGUACGAACGAAGUUUAACAAGUUGAAAGCCUGGAAAAGCUGAUUUAAAUGAAAUAAAGGAAGAAUGGAAAAUUUUGUACUUUAUGAAGAGCUUGGACGUGGAGAAAGUUCCAUAAUUUAUAAGGGGAGAAGAAAAGGAACAAUACAUUUUGUUGCUAUUCAUUGUAUUGAGAAAUGUAAACGUGCAGAAGUUACCAAUACUGUUCGUAUGACUCAUGAUAUAAGCCAUACAAAUGUUGUAAAGUUUUAUGAAUGGUAUGAGACCAGUAAUCACUUAUGGUUGGUAGUAGAACUUUGUACUGGUGGCAGUCUGGAGAUGUUAACACAACAAGACAAAUAUCUGCCAGAAAGUUCUGUCAGAACAUUUGGUAUAGACCUAGUGACAGGGAUACAUUACAUACAUUCACUGGGAAUACUUUUCUGUGAUCUCCGACCUUCCAAGAUAUUGUUGGAUGGUUCAGGUAUUUUAAAGUAUGCAGAUUUUGGCUUGUCGAAAGUUGAAGGUGAAAAUUUAGAGGAAUUAUUUGAGAAAUUUUCAGAAGCAGGAGGUGGAGAAGAAGAUGGGACAACUCCAAGAAAAUACAAAACACAAGGAUCAGCUACAUACAUGGCACCAGAAGUUUUACAGGGUGCAGAUUGUACUAUUGCAAGUGACCUAUGGUCUCUGGGUGUUGUAUUCUAUGAAUGUUUUACAGGUCAUCCUCCAUUUCUAGCAGAAUCAUUCCAACAAUUGAAAGACAAAAUCAUAAACAAAGACAUGCCAGUACCUAAAGUUAAAGGUACCAGAUUUUCAGCUAAACCAUCCCCAGAUUUCCUGAAUUUAUUGGAGAGUUUAAUGCAAAAAGACCCAGAUAAAAGAUUGGCGUGGCCUGGUUUAGUUACACAUCCAUUUUGGCAGGACAAAUGCAGCCAUCUAGCCAAAGAUUUAGUUUUAUCACAGGAGGUCCAAGGCAGUACAAUAGCUACGACCAGGAGCAGUGUGUUUAUAGAUGGCACAGGGUCAGUACUUGGUAAAGUGAAAACUCUUGAUACUGGCAAGAGUACAGAAAGACCUGUAUCUAACUUGGAUUUGUUAGAUGUAACAAGACCAGGUUCAACAAUGGGAGAUUACAUGAGGCCUAAGACAGCCCCAGGAUCAGAAGGAGGAGAAAAUUUAUUUACACUUAGCGCAAGACCACAUACAUCAGUAGCUCCAGAUGAGCGAGUAGGAACUCCCCAUAAGCCAACACAGUCACCAUUAUCUACCAGAGAACCUAUAGGGGCCACACCAGAUCAGAGUGAGGCUACAGAUUCUAGAAAUGAAAUUCUAGAUCUUAUAUAUCACCCAAGUGACUUCCAAGUUUCACAGAUAGUUGACAAUUCAAAGAUACAGAAGCCAACUACAGCAAAAUAUGAUUCAAAGAUAUUACCUGUACCUCCAUACUCAGUUGAAAAACUGAAUUCCAUGUCAGAGAAAGAAUGGACCAAGCAUGUUAAGAGUAUAGUAGAAUGUUUAAGUAUUGGUGAGAAAGGUCCUCCUUCUCAAAAAAGGAUACAUCUAUUACACUAUCUGACUGGUAUAUCUACAAACUCUAUGGUGGCCACAGCCCUUGUCAAACAAGGGAUUCUUACUAGCCUGUGCAAAGUGGUAAAGGAUACAACACAUUUAGAUGUGAAGGGCAAAGCAGCCAGAGUGAUCGGUUUAUUAUCCUACAACAGUGCUGAUUUAGAUGAAAGUGUUAACUUGUCUGAACCAUUGACAAUCCUCACAGAAUGUAUAAGAGAAAAUGCUAAAAAUGCCAAGUUAAAACAGACACUGUUGCCUGCACUUGGGGAAAUACUAUAUUUAGUAGCAACACAGGAACAGACUAGACAUUCUCCUGUUGAGAACUGGAAUGUACCUAGUAUGACAUACACAGUAGUUACCAGGUCAUGUAGAGAAGGGGAGGAUGCUACAGUUCACCAUAUUGCUGCUAAAAUUGUGGAAAAUGUUGUGGUUACAACAGGAUAUCAUGCACAGAAAUUUGUGACAAAUGAGAUGGGACAAGCAUUAUGGUUCAUUUUUAAACAUUCCACAGUGGAUUCCUUACGAAUCACUGCAAUAUCAGCUUUAUGCAGGAUAACAAAGCAGAAUCCCAAUGUAUUCCAGAGUGUUAUAGACACAGUAGGAGUAACAACCAUAUUAUCAACUUUAUCAUUUGGUAUCACACGUAUACAGCAGGCUAUAGUUACAAUGUUUGGUGUGCUGAUAGCCUCUGGUUCAUUCAUUAAUAGACUGGUUCAAGACAAGGAUUUCCUACAGAAGUUAUUGAGGUUAUUAGACAGUCCAUCCACAGUUAUCAGAGCCAAAGCAUUUGUUGUGAUCCAUGAAGUUGUAAAGAAUAAUUAUGAUAUGUUAUUACAGUGCUGUCAGCUAAGAUUGGUAAUGUACAUAGAGCGAGAUAGUAGACGCCAAACACCAAGAGAUAAGAAGGCAGAAGGUGGUACCGAAGCUGGAGAAUAUAUGGGCCAGUGUCUAGAAUUCCUUAUCAAUUAUGUUGUAGAAAUUCUACCUGCUGUAUUCAAAGAAAUACUAACAUCACUUGAUGCAGUGAACGGAAGAAAACAUCCCAAUGCGGUACAAGCUAAACAACUUAAGGGAACUUUACCAUUGAUUAGUAUUGUACUUCAUCUAGUUACAAGUCCUGUAUUCAGACCAAGAAUUAUGUGUGUAGAAUUUAUCAAGAAUUUAUCUACAUUGUUGUCUCAUGUGAAGAGUAUUGAGACAGGGGAGACAAAUAUUGAGGCUGCUAAUGAUAGAUUUUGUCAUAUAGGUUCCAUAACAGCUAGUGAGUUUGUCAACACCAGUAUGUCUGUGUUGGAAGGUUUGUCUCAACAUCCAGCCAUUUUAGCAGAAUAUAGUGAAGUCAUACUGGAGAAAAUACUGCCUACAUUAGCUGAUCUCAUUGGUAGUCAGAAUGGUGAUACAAGAGCUCUGUCACUGAGGCUAUUUACUGAGGUGGCAUCUGUUUACCUUAGUCAGGACCAGUUUGGUGUAGGAGAUGUUAAAGUUAAUACAUCUUUACUUCAUAAGACCAUUGGAGAUAACCUUCUACCACAGUUUGAACAGAUUUUGUUAGACCAAGAUCCAUUGCCAGCAUAUGGUUUAAAACUUUUGUUAGCAUUGUUAGAACAGAACCCUGCAUUCAUUAAACAGUUUGAACAGCUUGGUUUAGUGUCAGUCAUAUUCCAAGUUCUGCUGGAUCAUCAACAAAACCCUCUGAAUAGUGCUAUGCAGAGUAUUGCAGGAAUUAUAAAUUGUUUGGUCAGCCAUAAAGAAACAAACAUGCAAGAACUGUAUGAACAAGGUUUGAUAGAUUACUUUACUACAUUGAUAUUUGAGGUGUCAGCCGUAUGUUUUGAGGGGGAUGAACAUGGAGGGGACAGUAAAACAGCUGUUGUAAUGUUACAAAUGUUACUAGAUACAUUAAACAGUAUAUUUAAAUAUGUAUCUGAUGUUGUCAGGAAAGCUUUACAGUCUAAGAAAUCAGGAGGUGAGGCUGGGAAUAAAGAGGCAGAGGAUGCAGAGAUGUUACUACUGAAUAACAAACCAUUAACAGAUCUGACAUCAUUGUUAACACAGCUGCUGUGCCAUGAAGACACAGAUAUCCACGAUCUGUCUACCAAGUGUAUAUCUCUGCUUGUCCAGUUGUUUGGUGGAGAAAACAAAGACUCAUUAUCUCCUGAAAAUAUGGACUAUUAUCGUAAGGCUCUACAGAAAGCAGAUUCCAAGAAACAAAAGGUUUUACUAAGGAUAAUUAAAAGAUUGUUAAGUACAGAAAAGGCACACAUAGACAUGAUGAAACAGCAUGGGGACAUGUUGGCAAAUACCAUAAAAAAUCUUGUGCAGACAGGAACGUCACAUGCAGAUGUAGCCUUGUCAUCUUUAGCUGGUGAAAUACUCAAGAUGACUGGAUAUCUUAAAUAAGUUAUAAUAUUGGACACAGACUUGCCAUAGUAACAAUAUUUUUUGUUGGUUUUCUUAUCCGUCCAGAAAUUGCUGAUCUAAGUACAACUUUGAUGAUAUGCUAUCAUUUACAUUUGCAAAGAUGCAACUUAGAAAUAUAAUUGACAUUCCUAUUUGAUACCAACUAAUAUCUUACUAAGAUAAAAUAUACUCCAUUUUUGUAAAUCAAUUGUGAGCCAUUUAUAAUAGUCCUUUCCAGUCUUUACUUGUCUUGACCUGACCUGGGUAUAUAUAUAUAUUUAGUCAUGAAUGAGUUCCAAAUUGUGACUGAAAUGUUACAAUUGAGUCUAAAAUCUUCAUUGCUUGAGUCUGGCUAAGAUAGGAAAAGUUUGGUUUAGAAACCUGAAACAUGUACACUGCACAGCUAUAAUAUUUUUUUAAACUGACAAAUGAUCUUAAAGAGUAAGAAUUUAUAGUGAAUUGUACGUUAAGACUUAACUCAAUACAGGCCCUUUUACAGCCUACAUAAUUUCAUUUUGUAAUGUAAUUGAGAAUUAAUGAGAGUUUGCUUUGGUUGAUAAGAGUACCUGAAUAUUUUUUUUCAUGAAUUUAUAUCAUUUUGUUUUGCUUGAAUCAAAUAAAAUAAAUUAAAUAAUU